AUGGCUCGUCCUCGCCACGACAAGCCGCACGGCGGAUCCAAGGAUGGCAGCGCCGACGAAAGCGAUAGUCCAGUCGAUCCCACCAUCUCCAUUCAGACCAGACGCACCCGCAAACGUCCCGCACAUCCCGCUCGCGACGGCUCCGCAGAGCACCCUGACCCGCAGACUGCAGCCCGCUCGCAGUCGCAAGCCGAGCACGGUCCGGCAGUCUCAUUUGGGCCUGACGCUGCACAGCGCCAUGUUCCAACCCACCAUCACCGCAAUGAAGAGCGACGAACCCUCCGAGAUACGACCCAGCACAAUCCCUCAACGAACCUGUCAACCUUCGAGAGCCCCAAUCAAGCGCGCGAUCGAAUGGCCUUGAUGCGCUCCAACUCGUCCAACAGCGGCGCGACGGCUCGCUCUGCAGUUCCGCUCCGCUCCUUACGCAGCACCCGGACCUAUCUCGAUCAUGGUCUUCCGUCGAGCGAUCCCGCUCAAAGCAAUGGCUGGAGAACGUCGACUCCAAUGGCGAGGAGUCUCUCAAGCCAGUCCUUCUCGUCCCGCUACCUCGACGAUUCCGCAUCACAGACUACGACGAACAGUGCCGAUACCCGGAUGAGGCACACUUCAUCACAAGGAGGAGUCAAUGACCCCCUCGGCGCCGUUCCGGGACCACUGUCAAUACGCACGCUCAAUCUUCAGCCUCAGCCAUCCUCUGCAUACGACAUGACCGCUCCCAUGGCUCGAACCAACAGCAACAUGUCGCCGCCUCGGCCUACACGCUCAUUACCACGACGCAGAGCUUCUGCUCGCACACAGAAUCGACCCUUGUAUUCCAGCAACAACGGCGCCUCAUCCCCGUCACAUGCACGAUCACGCUCUUCGUCCAACUCCAACAUCCUCGCUCCGAGCAACUCUACCGCCAACAUCCUGGCAUCUGGUCAGCACAACCGUCAGAACUCGCUGACGGGCUGCCUGCCUCUGGGUGGAGGAUUUGACCCUACGUACAAUCCACCCUCGGGUAUGUCGACCCCGAGAACGCCCCUGGCCGAAAUCCCGCUGUGGUUGGCAGAUAUGCGCAGUUCGAGCCGCAGGAGCAGCGCAAGCUCGUCCAUCUUUCUCGAUCGGGAAGACCUCCUCAACGCGGCCAGGUCAGCACCGUCGCGUCACGCUCGGACUGCAUCAUCGUCUUCCUCCGGAGGACCUACCAGCCCAAUCAUGACUCGCAACGGCUCUACUUCUCCCAACGUGCCCUUCCGUCGCUCGUUGCGCGGGGCAAGACCACGCCAAUCAGACGAGAACGCUCGCAUCAGUCCAUCACCCUCCUACUUUGGCGAAUACGACGCGCUGCCUUCGCCUUCUGCUGCGUCGUUUCAGGGCCAGUGGACCCCUCUCGAUGAAUCCAUGGAUCCCACUACGAGUCUCUCAUCGAGCAUGAACUACCUCGGUACAACGUCUCCAUCUACGCCUUUUGGGCCUCUGCAGCCCACUGCCAGUCCAGCCAUGUCGACCCGGAGCCGAACACUGAACCGUGCAGGCUCGGUUCGCACUCGAAGGCUCACCAAUCCACUCAACACGCCGGUAUCGGUCGACUCGCUCGGCUUGCCCUACGAGGCGAUGCGAGUGCAACCUCAAGAGCCUCAGUCCGCGUUCCAUCAGGCACGAUCGACCGCGCAGGAGAGGCGGACACGCAACAACGACGAACAGAGGUCCGGUACCCUGCUCGAACGCCGCGCUGCUACGGCUGCGGCCGCUGCUGGCGUUGCUCAAGCCGCGUCCCACUCAUCUGGCCGUACCUCCAGUCGUCCCAGCUCCCGAACAUCAUCUCCUGCGCGCGGCACGAGGGCCUCUCGACGAAGAAGCACCGCAGUCGAGGCACCAGCAAGCUCGGCGCUCGAGAACAGCGCGCUUGGACCUCGACCGGGAUCUCUCGCCCCACUUCAGAUUCCUGGCGGCCGUCUUGCGCGCGGGAGCGGGUUGGCGAUGCCUGGCGUGCCGACGUUCACCUCUGUCAACCCUCAGCCAGGCGCUGAAGGACUCAUUGCCCCUGCCGCAGUCUACGGUCCCCACCCGGCAUCACAAGAGCCCAUCUCGCCAUCCGCCUUCUCAGAGAUGACCACUCUGACUCAAGGGUCCAGCGCAUCAGAAAGCAUGAACAGCACCGGCGGCAUGCCUGCGACGCCCUCUUCCUCCUUGUCGCAAGACCCUUUCGUACAGACGGCCAUGCGCUUCGAUACUGGAGUUUCCCAGCCGAUCCGUCGAACGCGCGCCACUGGGAACGAAGACACGGACGCCGACGGAGACAUCACACUCGACGCCGCCGACGAGAGCCUGUCCAACCGGGUGCUCCGGCAGACGCUACGCAAGCCUCAAGCGCCGCGAGACGAGAUUGAAGAGGCGCUCGGAAUACAACUUCGUCCUCGUCCAUAA